AUGCGGGCGACCGGCCGCCCAUCGCCCGGCGCCCUGCUCCUGGCUUGGGCGCUGCUGGGCUCCGGCGGCGGCCAGCAGUGCCCGCCAGCCGGCCCCGCGCUGCGCUUCACCGACGCGCACGCCGACAUCCCCGUGCCGGCCCUGCACCGGGUGCCCAGCGCGCUCGACCCCCUCUACGGCCUCGUCCGCCGCUGCCUGGACCUGGUGCAGCCAAACCCGCUGCCCGCAGAGCUGCUCCGGGCGGCCCUGAAUGACCCCGGUUCGGUGAGGAUGUCCCAGGUGCUGCAGUACGAGCUGGGCUACGUGGCGUGCGCCGCGGCGGCUCUGCUCUUCGCCGUGGCCGUGCCGACGGCUGGCGCCUGCUUCUGCUACUGCCGGCGGCGGCAGCGGUGCGGGGGCUGCCCGCGAGCCCACCGGCGCUCGCCGGGCUGCCACCGCCGCUGCCUGCUCGCCUGCCUCUCCAUCACCUCCCUCGUCAGCCUGGCCGCCGUGGUCUGCGCCUUGGUCACCAACCAGCGGGUGAGGGAGCAGAUGGAGCCGGGGCUGGGCGCCGUGCCGGCCACGCUGCGUGCCCUGCAGCAGCACAUCGGCGGCAUCCCCCAGGGCGUGCGGAUGGUGGUGGAGCAGUUCGAAGUGCCCCGGCAGCGCAUCAUCGCCGACCUGGGCCAGCUGAGCCGGAGCGUGGGCGUCUCCAUCCACUCGCGGCUAAAGGCGGCGACGUACGCGGCGCUGGCGGAGCUGCGGGACAGGGCGGAAGAGCUCCGGAGCUCGCUGCGGCACUUGCGGACGGUGGAGGAGACGGCGCGGGCGCUGGCGGCGGCGCGGGCCGAGCUGGCGGCGGUGCUGCGGGAGCGCCGGGAGCACGUCGCGGCGCUGCUGGACGACCCGCGCUGCGCCGCCUGCGCCACCGCCCUGCCCCAAGCCCGGAGCCUGGAGCCGGGAGCCGACUACGGCAAGGUGCCGUCGGUGGAGCGGGUCCUGGGGGCGCUGGCCGGGCUGCCCCACGCCGACGUGCCGGCCAGCAUCGCGCAGGCCAACGGCACCUUCAACGCCCUGCCGGAGCUGGCGGCGCAGAGGCUGGCUCCGCUCGUGCAGGAGCUGCGAGCCGAGACGGCGGCGGCGGCGGCGAAGGUGCGGGCCAUCGCCGACGGCUUCCCCCCGCCGGAGCACGCGCGGGCCCUGAGCGAGGCGCUGCGGGCGGCCGAGGAGCGCAGCCGGCGCCCGCUGCGCCACGUCGCCCGCUUGGAGCGGUGCAGGUGGGUCGCGGGCACGGCGCUCUGCUCCGCCGUCCUCCUCGUCGGCGCCUGCAACGCGGCGGGCAUGGCGCUGGGCGCCCGCCAGCCGGGCAAGCGCGCCGGCUCCCGCGCCGGCGCCCGCCUCCUCACGCUCGGCGCCGGCCUCGCUUUCCUCUCCUGCGGCCUCCUGAGCCUCCUGGUUUGCGGCGUCUUCCUGGUGGGCGGCAACGUGCAGACGCUGGUCUGCAGGAACUGGGCCAACUGGGAGAUCUACAAGUUCGUCGACGCCUCCCUGAACCUCAGCCGGCGGCUCAACCUGCGGAGCGGCUACGACCUCAGCGCCGCGUACCGCGCCUGCAAGAGCGGCGCGGGGCUCUGGGAAGUGCUGCGGCUCCGGCGGCCCUACGACCUGGCCGAGCACCUGCGGGCCUCCGAGUAUGCCGCCGACUUCCAGGAACGCCUGAGCCGCUUCGGCGCCCACCUGGGCGACGUGCGGCUGCUGCGCGCCGACGCCAGGAGCGACCUGGAGACCUUCGCCCGCGCCGGCGCCGACCGGGUGGACUAUGGGCGCUUCCUGGCUGAGAUGCAAACGCCCGUGGUGAAGACCAGCGUGGCCGACCUCGCCGGGAGGCUGGAGGCGCUGCAGAAGCUGCAGAGGAACGGCACGGUGGCCGGGCGCCUGGCCGCCGAGGCGCAGGCCCUGCGGCGGCUGCACGGCUCCACGGUGCGGGCGCAGGAGGCUUUGGCGGCGAAGCUGGGCGAGAGCGUCCGGUUCCUGUCCGCGCUGGCGCCUCACCUCCAGGCCCGGGUGAACGCGACGCUGGCCACGGCGGCGGCGGUGGAGGCCGAGCUCCCGGAGCGAGCCCAGCGGGUGCUGCGGCAGGAGCUCGGCUGCUUCGCCCGGAGGGAGCUGCGCUACUUCUCCCAGUACCUGCACUGGGUCGGGCACACGCUCCGGGAGGACGUGGCCUCGUGCCAGCCGCUCUCCACGGCCCUGGACAACGGCCGGGUGAUCCUGUGCGACCGCAUCGCCGACCCCUGGAACGCCUUCUGGUUCAGCCUGGGCUGCUGCGCCGUCUGCCUCGUGCCCGGCAUCGUCUUCGCCCUCCGGCUUGCCGAGCGCUUGCGCCCCGUCCGCGCCCGGCUCGUCUCCGCGGGCUCCGAGGAGACCUGCCCGCUCCGCGCCCCCCGCGUGGCGGCUCCCAAGCUCUGGAGAAGGGGGCCUCCCCCCGGCGUAGGGACGCGGACACCCACCAGCACCUGGCACCCUGCUGCACGAGUAAGUGGGUCCCCAACCCCCCCCCAAACCCUGCCAUUUUCUUCCUUUCUUUAUAUCAUCAUCGCCAUCAUCAUUAUCAUCAUUAUCAUCAUUAUCAUUAUUAUUACCGUCAUUAUUAUUGUUAUUAUCAUCAUUAUUACCAUCAUCAUUAUCAUCGUUAUUAUUAUCGUUAUUAUUAUGGCAACUGCGCGGAUGACGGCCGCAGCCCGCCUGCCGGCGGAGCCGCGCGGUCCGCAGGGCGGCCGAGCGCUCCUCCGGCAGACGGCUCUCCGCGAACGCCGUUAG